AUGAUUUUAAAACUUAAUGAAACGCGAGCUAUCUUUGGUGGGCUUCUGAGAAGUAAAUUUUGACCUGAGUAAUAAAGUGUGAUUCUACUUGAACCCAGAUAUAUGGAAGAAAGAAAGAAUAAUGCCUUUAAUGGAGCAUAUAGUAUACUGUCUUCUGAAAUGAGAGAUUUGUACCCAUCAAUAGAAAUUUUAGACUCUCCACCAAAUCCUGUGACCUUCCUACGAAAAUUUGUUUCACAAAAUAGACCUGUUGUGAUAAAAAACGCCAUUAACCAUUGGCCAGGAUUGACAAGAUGGUCAGAAGAGUAUUUUAGAAAAAAAAUUGGAGAAUUUCAAGUAACUGUUGCUGUCACACCUAAUGGCUAUGCUGAUGCUAUCAGUAAUGGCAGGUUUGUUAUGCCUGAGGAGAGGAAAAUGGCCAUGUCAGAAUUCUUGGACAUUUUAUUCAAACCAACUCAGGACAAAAAGGGAGUAUUCUACAUCCAGAAACAGAACUCCAACUUGAAGGAUGAGUUCUCAUGUUUAAUGGAAGAUGUUGACGCUCACAUUUCAUGGGGAACAGAGGCAUUUGGUGCUGAGCCAGAUGCUGUAAAUUUCUGGAUGGGAGAUGAAAGAGCUGUUACAUCUAUGCAUAGGGACCAUUAUGAGAAUUUGUAUUGUGUUGUGUCAGGACAGAAGGUGUUUACUCUGCUGCCCCCCACAGAUUUACCCUUUAUACCCUAUGAAUCCUGUCCUUCAGCUGUAUAUAAAGAAACAAAUGAACAGUUUGAAGUAGUUGAUGUAGAAAAUUUAGACAGUAUUGAUGACUGUAGUUCAGAAGUUUCUUGGAUAGCCAUUGAUCCAUUAGAACCUGAUCUAGAAAAGUAUCCUCAGUAUUCAUUGGCUCAGCCCCACACAGUGACGGUGAAUGAGGGAGAAAUGUUGUAUCUGCCUUCACUAUGGUUUCACCAUGUACAGCAGUCACACGGUUGUAUUGCUGUGAACUAUUGGUAUGAUAUGGACUUUGACAUCAAAUGGGCCUACUACAAGUUUUUGGAAAAAGCUGUGUCUUAUCACUAACCUUGAGUAGUGUACUCAGUCAAUGGAUUAGUUGAGUGAAGUUUAAAAUUUGUUUAACUGGUGCUGCAUUUAGGGUUUGGACUGAUUAUAUUCUUGAGUACAAAAUUUUUAAUUCAAAUUUUUAGUCAAACCAUGUGUUAGCUGGCAUUAGAAAUACUUUCAUUUUUUUUAACUUAGUUGUCGGAGUUGGAUUGAUGUUACUGUAUACCAGCACAAAUUUUUAAAAAGUUCAAGUGGUUCAAGUACUUAUUUAGACAACUAGAAAGUAUCCCACUAUUCACUGUUUUUAUAUUUAUGACUCAAAACUGGGAUUUUUUAAACAUUAAAUAACUAGUACAAAUUACUAAUAAAAAUUUGUUAAUGUAUAGAAAAGCUGAUCUGUCAUUCAAAUUUGUUUUAGGAUAUAAUACAAAACAUGAGAAUGUAUAUAUGUAUGUAUAUCUAUUACAGAUUUCAUCCAUUACACAU